GACCCUGCAAGCCUGCCUCAGUAGGAGUCCUGGCUGUGGCUGCAGGAGCCAAGGCCCAUUUUGAACAGAGCACCCUCCACUUUCCUUUUCUCCCCUCCGGACUCGGACUCUUGUCUUCAGACCCAGGAUGCUGUCGUUCUCCCGGGUGUUGGCGUGCUCACGGACCUGCUCCCGCUUCCUCGGGCUGAGCCUUGGUACAGCAUCCCUGUUUGCUGCUGGGGCCAACAUCGCACUCUUCUUUCCUAACUGGGAUGUGACCUACCUGACAAGGGGCCUCAUUGGCAAGCAUGCCAUGCUGGGCUCUGGGCUCUGGGGAGGAGGGUUCAUGGUCCUCAUCGCGGCUGUUCUCAUCUCCAUGACAGGGUACUUCAGUAAGAACGCAGCCUGUCUGUAUAUGCUUAUUGCUCUGUUGUCAAGUGGCCUGGCUUUACUUGGGGCCUUGGUUUGCUUUAUCACUUCUGGAGUAGCCUUGAAAGAUGGUCCCUUUUGCAUGUUUGACAUCUCAUCCUUCAAUCAGACACAAGCUUGGAAAUUUGGCUAUCCCUUCAAAGACCUGCCCAACAGGAAUUACUUGUAUGACCGCUCACUCUGGACCUCUGUCUGCCUGGAGCCCUCUAAGGCUGUGGUGUGGCACGUGGCCUUCUUCUCCAUCCUGCUGUGUAUCAGCCUCCUCCAGCUCCUCCUGGCGGUCAUCCACUUCAUCAAUAGCAUCCUUGGCCUGUUGUGCAGCUUCUGUGAGAAGAGCUAGGUAAUGGAUGUCCUUUCAUGAUGUAUUGCUGCUCUCACUUCAAGGACAUGGUGUGAGUCCCUAUUAGGCCUUCCUAUGGCUACCAGCACUUUCUUGCACAUGGGGGAAUGGUACAAUAAAAUGAAAGUCACACUGUGUACUUUGAAGAUGACUCAGUAAUAGAAAGAACAGCGAAGUUAUUGCUGGUGUAUGAGGAGGAGCUUUUAACUUGUAAAAUAAUUUCAUUUCAGCCUCUUGACAGUCCCAGAAAAGCUGGCCAUGUGUAAAGUCAGAGAAGCUGAGACUCCCCAUUCUCAGACACAUAGCUAGCUGACCCCCUCAAUCCUAAGUUCAAGUUUGCCAUUGUAAUAGAUCUGCAUUUCCUCAAAACCAUAGGCAGGAGCCAUCAUCACCAAUGUGACUGUUUUGGAGACUGGGCCUUACAUGGUAGUCAGGGAUACAGGAAGUCAUAAAGGUGAUGUCCCGGUCCAUUAGGAUUGGCACCCUUACAAGAAGAGUGAGAGGCUGGACAUGGUGGUGCACACCUGUGAUCAUCAGUUCUAGACCAGCCUGUGCUGCAUAUUGAGACCCUGUCUCAAAAUAAUAGGGCCAAGGAUGUAGCUGAAGUCCACCAGGUUCAGGCUGAGGGCUGGUUUUUAAUUAAUAAUGUACCCUUUUC